UCUCUUUCUAGCCAGCUUGGCUAUCGCAGAUCUCUUCGUCGCUUGUCUGGUAAUGACGUUCGCCGGAGUCAAUGACAUAUUAGGAUAUUGGAUUUUCGGUGCUCAAUUUUGCGAUACGUGGGUGGCCUUCGACGUUAUGUGCUCAACGGCUAGUAUACUGAAUCUAUGCGCCAUUUCACUAGAUAGAUAUAUUCAUAUAAAAGAUCCCCUAAGGUACGGCAGAUGGGUAACCCGAAGAGUAGCUCUAGCGUCCAUAGCCACCAUAUGGUUACUGGCUGCCCUAAUAUCAUUCGUUCCGAUCUCGCUGGGACUCCACAGGCCGCCACAGCCUUUGGUCUACAACGCGGGAGGUCAAAAUUAUCCAACCUGUGCUCUGGAUCUUACCCCCACUUACGCCGUAGUGUCUAGCUGCAUUUCCUUCUAUGUCCCGUGUAUCGUUAUGAUAGGUAUUUACUGUAGGCUGUACUGUUAUGCUCAGAAACACGUGAAAAAUAUUCGAGCCAUCACGAGACCGAUCGACUUACCAGACGCUGCCACGAAGAAGAAGAGCACGAAACAAAAGAACAAGGCGUUGCACAUACAUUUGCACAACCAUCACAGUAGUCCGUAUCACGUCAGCGAUCACAAAGCCGCCAUUACAGUCGGAAUCAUCAUGGGCGUGUUCCUAAUAUGCUGGGUGCCGUUUUUUUGCAUAAACAUCGUAACUGCUUUCUGCAAGACCUGCAUACCGGAUAUAACGUUCAAAAUUUUGACUUGGCUCGGUUAUUCGAACUCCGCCUUCAAUCCGAUCAUCUAUUCGAUAUUCAAUACGGAAUUCCGGGAGGCGUUCAAGCGGAUUUUGACGGCUCACUAUCCGGAUUGGUGUAAAUGUGGGUACCAGUCCGUGAGUUUAAGCAACGACAAAUACAUAACGGAUUACGGUACCAAAACCCUAGUGGUCAACGCGCGAAGAAACGGUUCUUUCGGCGAAUUUUCGAGCGAACACAUGAGUUGCGAGUCCGUGAGACAAACGAGAGUCAACUCCGAAAGGGACAUCCUAGAAGAUAUCAGCGCCAUAUGACACCAGGACUGCGAAAACCUUCAGGACACCAUGGUGUAGUAAGGAACGAAAAUUAGAUAUAAACUAUGACAAGAUUCGCGUACAGGUUGUCCAACUACCGAGUAUAAAAUCAAAACAACAGUCAAGAGUUGUAUUUAUUAGAUUAUAGUAUCUUAUAUAAAAAUAUUGAGACAACCUGUAGUGAUCCCGAGACUGUAGAUGGGAAAUUCCAAAAAUAAUGCAUUCCUGAUCGUGUAACGUAUGUAGAUAUUUAGUAGUAAUGAAAUAAUUCUUCUUAUAUUAAGGGCUGUGCGUUAUCAUCAUAACCAAAGACAUAUGUACCUCUAAAACGAAUGUAUAUGUACCUAAAAAUCGAGAGCUGAUGUGUAAAUUAAAAAAAGUAUAACAAUUUUACAAAAAAAAGUAUGAUCCAAUUACAUCAUCAGGAAUCGCUCGUGUGGCACACCGUG